GAUAUACAGUAUCUGUUUAAGGUGUAGCAGCCUUUCUGCAUGGAAGAGGUAUCUGCGGUAGGAUGGCGGCUUCCAACAAAACAUUUGAUGAUGUGAAGAAAACCCUUCUCAGCGUGAACAAUUUGACAAAGGCCCGGGACAUUAUUGAAUUCUACAACACAUGGGCAGAGAGCUAUGACCAGGAUUUUGAAAGUCUGGACUACCACGGGCCGAGACAUGUAGCAAACUGCCUGUCAUCCGGUUUCCUCGGUGACCGGGAGACAGCAAGGGUUCUGGACCUAGCUUGUGGCACUGGAGCAGUUGCAGAACUUCUAAAAAGCAUGGGCUUCAAGCAAUUUGUGGGUGUCGAUGGGAGCAAAAACAUGUUGGAUCUAGCUGCUAAGAUUGGCCUCUACCAGGACCUGAAAGAAUGCAUGCUGGGAUAUGAACCACUACCUGUCCAAGCUGGGUGGUUUGAUGUGGUUGUGAUAGCGGGAGCUAUGGCUCCAGGUUAUGUACCAGUGAGUGUCGUCAGAGAGAUGUGUGAAGUCACUAAACCAGGUGGUUACGUGUGCAUGGGGAUGAGAGCCAGCUGUGACAACUUAGAAUACAUUGUGGAGCUGGAGCAAGAGCUUAAUCUGAUGGAGGAGGCGAGGCUCUGGGAUCGUGUGGAAGUUAAGGAAAAAGUAUCCUGGUUAAAAGACGAUAAGGAAGGGGGAAGGUACAUCCCUGGAGUUGUAUAUCUGUAUAGGAAGGCAUUACAGUAACUAAAAGGUGUACAUCAACAUUUUAGUUGAUGCUGUUAAUUUGAGUGACUUAGUUAGUGCAUUCAUCCUAACACAUCUCCAGUACUGUAUGUAGGUGGACAACUACCCAACCCAGUGAAAGCAAGUACACUCAACGAAGUAGUGAGCAUGCUUUUAUUUUUUAAAUGAUGCCGAUAUUAAAUUGACAACAUUAGCCUUUCACAGAAAUAUCAAAUGUUUCAUUCAUUAAAGCCCUUCUGGGGGGUUGGCC